UGGGCUGAUACAAAAAAUGUAUUACUCCAAUGUUCAAAUAUUAUUUCAAAUACGUCUCUGAUUUUAGGGACAUUUCUUCUUUGAAUAUAAAAGAGCCAAGAUUUAUUUUAAUAUCGACUAUUAUCAGGAGAAACGUGCGUCUGUAGGCUUGCCUUUAAACAGGUCAAAAAUCGCUUGCAAUGGCUGGUUCCUGUAAGUAUUUGUUAUGUUCAUAUAUAUAUAUAUAUAUGUAGUGAUGACCGUUUGAACCUGAGUCUGUUAGUGAUGCUAAAACUUAUUAAGCAUUAAAUAAUGUUACGUUAAUAAAUAAAUAAAUAAAUAAAUAAAUAAAUAUAUAUAUAUAUAUAUAUAUAUAUAUAUGUGUGUGUGUGUGUCUGUGUGUGUAUAAAUUCAAUCUCUCUCAUUUAUAAUUUGUUUUUAUGGUGACUGUGCGUAUAAAUUAUCAAUUUACACCAAAAAGACAUUGGAGUCGGCGGUCAGGGAUACGUCUUUAAGAAGAACGAUGACCCCAAUCAAACCAUGACUCCACUGGGCGCUGAAUGGGCGGGCCUUUGCCUACUGUCCUGCAUUGUGGCAUGUUUUCGUACGUACACGAACUGUCCCAGUGUCAGAUACGACGAGCGUACACGACACUGCACACCGGGUAAGUUCUAAGCUGAACAAAUGUACAAGACACGCCAAGCCAAGAUUCCUAGAUUGAACUGAGACAUGGUUGAGGUGUCGUAUCACCAUAUCACAAUUUCACCCUAUCACCAUAUCUUCCUAUCACCAUAUUACCAUAUCACUCUAUCACCGUAUCACUGCAUAUCACGCCAUAAUUCCCAGUGAUUAAUAAUUUCACUACAAUGUCGCAAUUGAAAAUGUAAGCUACUGGAUGAGGAUGAUUAAUUACUUCUAUAACGCAUGUCUCCAUGCUAGUCGAGCAAGCUUAAAGCGCUCUGGUUAAAUCUAUUUAAAGAAAAAUGUCUUUAAAUAUCUCUAGAAAGAUUGUUUUAAAGCAUUUUUAGUUUCACCCUAAGAUUGAGGCAAACUGUUCCAUAAUUUCGGCACUAUGCUAUUUGCUUCAAAAGAGCGCACUCCCUAUGACUUCUUUCUGUGUCCAUCCACACUGGGAGCUCUCAGUAGGGACUGUGAUGAAGAGCGCAGGUUCUUUUAGGAUAUAUGUUUGCAAAUCAGUUCUUUUACAUGCACGUUUUGGUUUUCUAUUCUGCUGUCUCACAAUCCUAAUCCUUUGUUUCGUUUUGUUUACUAUCCUGGUUACGUCAUAAUUGUAAGUCCAAAAGCUUGUGAGGUAAGUUUACUUUUCUUUCUUUUUUCAUAUUUUGUUCACUGAAGAAUUAAGGCCUUCUGCCUAUACGCAUGUAGUGAUUAUUGAACAUUUUUUGGUUAUAUUUAAAGUGUACCCAUAAUUUUCUUUUAAUAUUCCCCUUCACGCGUUUUGAACACAAUAGCUACAAUAUUAUUCUUUUCAAAUUUUGAACAUAGUUAUUUGCAGUUUCUCAAGAUUUCGUUUAGGAAUUUAUGAGAUGGUUAAAAUAGUCUAAAGAAAAUGUGUUUACAAAAACCUUUUCUCUUACUUUGCCAUAUCAAUUUAACUACUAUGCUCUUUUCUUUGUUAUAUUUUCAUUUCUACUGUUGGCUGAGGAAGGCUUUAUGCCGCAACAUCCUUGUUUCUUGUCCUGUUAUCUUAUUUCAAGCUUCCACAUUCCUCGUUUUGCUAUUUCAUCAUUUUAACAGAAUAGUUUUCCCAAUACGUAUAAAUUGAAAAUUAUAAAUAUGCAUAAAAGGGUAAUAACAAGAUCUGUUUCAGUAGUUCAGAUUUGGCAUCUACCCCAAAAAAAUUUUUUUUGAAAGAAAUGUGUCUGAAUCAGGAGUUCAGAAGUUCAGUAUAGAUUGAUAGAACAAAUAAUGAUUUUAUGCCGUUUGACGUGCAUUUUCUUAACAGGAAUGAAUACGGUCUCCCCUCUAUGCGUGUCUAUAAUAUUCUUCCAUUUUCUUCUAGGAUUGGUUCACGUUUGCCUGAUUUGGAUUCAUAAUUAAUUGACGCCCGUAUUAUCGCGUUGUACUUUUGAAUUCUGUCUGCUUCAGGUUCCGUGUUGUACGAAUCAAGGGAUCAGCAUUUACCUGGCGAAGGUACGAUCUACUAUUCAGUGAGUUCCAGUUUCACGUGCAUGGAUUUCCAGAUGUAUGCGACUGGUGAUACCCGCACGUGUGCGUGGGUCUCAUUGGUUGCUCUUAACUAUACAGACGCCAUGAAUGAUUGCAUGGGUGAGUGGGUCAGCUCACUAUGUUAUAAUGACGAUGCGUCUCUCAUACCUUGGUGAUUUUUGAGUCCAGCGACUAUUGCUAUGGCUAUAACGUACACUUGUUGUGAGUUAUGUAAUACACUUGCACCACUACGCUCCGGUACUACGUACUGAGCUGACGGCCAUGCAUCACAAAGUUCUUAGUAUUAUAUGCCAGAUAACGGACUCCUCUAUUAUAAUAAAAAUCACAUAUCUCAAUCAUUACUAUCAAAAGUCACUAAUAAUCUUCUCGACAUACUACAAUCACAUAAUAAAAUCUAUUUUUAACAACAGGCACUAAUAAUCCUUUCGAAGCCCCUCCCUUAUCUCUCACUACUCCAUGUAUCCAUCACACUGCUCGUCUCUCACCCUGACACACUAUAUGUAUCUACAACCUCCCGCCCAUCAUCAAUGACAACCUCACGCCUUGUUCACUCAUACUCGCACUCCUUCUGGUGAACACCACUUACUCUAAUCCCAGACAUAACAACAGUGAUUCUCACACCCUUGACCGUGAUGUUUGUUAUGAAACCAACACAAAAGAACAUUUUGUAUAUGCACAGACAAUCGUUCGCUCAACUAGGCACAAACCAUUUUCGGGGUUGAUCAGAUGAGCUGAAGCCUAUAUUAUUCUGUGUCAUGAUUACAAUGUUCCCCCACCCCAGAGCACGCCAUGACGGAUGAAUAAAUUAGCGCGUUCACUUAUAGGAUAUCAUAAUUUUAAAGUGGUAAUUACUCAAUCAUAAUAACUUGAAUUCAACGUGCAUUUUGUUCAAAAUAAUAUUUCAGAUGAGACAGUAAAUUGAAAAAUAUCCGUAUUUGAAUUUGUCCGUUUUUGUUCUCCGAGUCCAGACAGAGGAUCCCAUCUCUAUACGGUAAAAGACAAAGACAAAUUAGACAUUCUCUUCAACAUUACAAGGAACAGCAGCUCUUACUGGUUGGGGCUUGAUGAUAUCGGAGAAGAGAAUGUCUUCAGAUGGGUGGACGACAACACGACGCUGACCAUUGAGAUGAGACAUCUACUGUUUCAGCAAGGUAAUGAAGGUAUACAUUUUCUGUUUAGGGAUGUAGAUCUGGUUGAUGACAGUCUGAUCAUUAAUUUAUAUUUUAUAUCAGGAUUUGAAAUUAAGCGACUUUUUAAAAAGGUUUGUGUCCUGUGACUGUUUGAAAAGGUUUGUGUCCUGUGACUGUUUAAAAAGGUUUGUGUCCUGUGACUGUUUAAAAAGGUUUGUGUCCUGUGACUGUUUGAAAAGGUUUGUGUCCUGUGACUGUUUAAAAAGGUUUGUGUCCAGCGACUGUUUAAAAAGGUUUGUGUCCUGUGACUGUUUAAAAAGGUUUGUGUCCAGCGACUGUUUAAAAAGGUUUGUGUCCUGUGACUGUUUAAAAAGGUUUGUGUCCUGUGACUGUUUGAAAAGGUUUGUGUCCUGUGACUGUUUAAAAAGGUUUUAGUCCUGCGACUGUUUAAAAAGGUUUGUGUCCUGUGACUGUUUAAAAAGGUUUUAGUCCUGCGACUGUUUAAAAAGGUUUGUGUCUGCAAUGUUCUCUCGAUUCAUGAGAGGACUGUACUGCCGGAAUGCCUUUAAUUAGGUUAAAGGUCACAAACAUGUCAAGAUAUUAGACGAAACGUUUACAUAUGUAUUUUGUCAUAGAAUUAAAGCUAACUUAUAUUGUUUACCAAACAUUGGUCGUGUCUCUUAAUUAAGUAGAUUUGCGCAAUGUUUUUUGUUUGUACCGGAUCAUGUAACAUGAAUUUGCAUUUGUGGAAUAUUGUGUAGCGACUUGGAAUAUUCUCUCAUGUUAAUACAAAAUCAUGAGGCAACUUUGCAAUAUCAAUACAUGGCAAUAAAACUAUGUUAAUGAUAGAAAUUGAUGAGAUGUUGUAUGUUUAUGGUAGAAAUUGAUGAGAUGUUGUAUUUUAAUGACAUAACUUGUUGAGAUAUUGUAUGUUGAGGAAAUGACUUGAGGACAUGUGUUUAUAAUGGGUUUACUUUACAAUAUUUUUAAAGAUAAGAAUAUAAAUUUGAGGAGAUAUAAAAAUAAAAAUGUCAAUAAUAUGAUUGAUUUUUUUUUAGCAUUCUGCUAGCAUAUUUGACAAUAACUCAAUGACGGCAUGCUUAUUCCCAAACAUAUUUCAGGCCAACCAGAUAACCGCAAUUCUUCUGAAAACUGCGUAGAAUUCAAUGCAGGCUAUGGGCCGUUGAAUGAUAAGAGGUGCAGUGCGAAGACCAAAUAUAUUUGUGAAAUAAGUCCUGUGCUUGAUCCGCCCAAGAGUCGAUAUUAAUUAUAAUAAAUAAUAAUUUCAUUAAAAAAAAGUAAAAGCUUCAGUCUUAGCUUUUCAGAAUCAUUUCUGUUCAGUUUAGUUUAUUUCUUUUGCUAUGUCUUGCUACCAUGAAUAUUUAAUAAUGCAUUUAUAAUAAUAAUUCCAAGUGGAUCUGUCUUGUCCGUCCCGAUCUCACUGCGCACCGUGUUGCGCUCUCACUCACUGCUUCCGCCUUCGUGCGCUUAAUCAAGUACGCACCAAAGCAAACAAACAAAAGAACAUCUAGAUGAACAUCAACGCGCAUGCAAUGAGUGAUUUUCCUUUAGAGGCCCUGGCAGUAACAUUUGAAUAGGACUUGGAACAAGCAGUAUUUUAGACACUAAACGUAUUUGCGUCGUCCCCCAGAUAGUUAAAAUACUAAUUCGAAUGUGGUCGUUGUCUGAACAGAUUUCACACCACGAUGUUUUCUCAUUCGCUGCUUCCGCCAUUGUUACCAACCAAACGCACACCAAAAGACAUAUUAUCCAAGAACCUCCUCCUUUAUGAAUGCAACUCUGUCUAAAAGGUGUUUGGUAAACUCUUAAGACCAUAUAGAAUAUAGAGUCAACACAACUAAGCAUUGGUGAAGAUAUGGAGCCCCAUUUGGAUUAACUACGAUCGAUAUAUUAUUCACCUAUUCCUGUAUUUUACCAGCGCAAUUAUACAACAAUUAUACAGCAAUUAUACAACAAUUAUACAACAAUUAUACAACAAUUAUACAACAAUUAUACAACAAUUAUACAACAAUUAUACAACAAUUAUACAACAAUUAUACAGCAAUUAUACAACAAUUAUACAACAAUUAUACAACAAUUAUACAACAAUUAUACAACAAUUAUACAACAAUUAUACAACAAUUAUACAACAAUUAUACAUUAAUUAGACAGCUAUUAUACAGCAAUUAUACAGCUACUAUACAGCUAUUAUACAGCAAUUAUACAGCUACCAUACAGCUAUUAUACAGCUAUUUUACAGCAAUCAAAAAACUAUCAUACAGCUACCAUAAGCUACUAUACAGCAAUUAUACAGCUACUUUACAUCAAUCAUUAAACUACUAUACAGCUAUUAUAAUUACCUAUGUUCAGUCAUAUUUGCUGGUGUCAGCUAUCUCACUGUUUAGUAAGACUUUAUUUCCUCUAGUUUCUCUCUCUUCAUCCAUGCAGUUCCUUUUAUCAUCUCCCUCAGUCUAUCUUACUCUAACUUCAUCUACCCCGAUAUCUCUCUUCGUCUUUCAUCAUCUCUCGGUAUCCAUCUUUUUGACUUCACCUCUGCCAUUUUCCAUCUUCUUUUUUCCGCACCCCCCUUCUCUCUUCCUCGUGUUCUGCAUACUCUUCUUUUUCUGUCUUUACCUCAUUCUGCCCAUCUCUUGCUUUAUCAUUCUUUCUCUAACUCCCUCUAAUGAUUUCCUUGUCCCUUUCUACCUCACGUUUUCUCCUGACUUUGACAUAAUUUCUUUAGUUCCACACCUUCCUCUUUAUAUUAGUAUUUACAUCUCUCUAUCUUCUUGCCUCUUGCCUCUAUCAUUUUGUCCAGAUAUCCCUCUCUCUCUCUCUCUCUGAACAUUUAUUUUAUAACUUAAAAGCAAAGUCAAUAUCUCCUCUGCCCUUGUAACAUUUUCUCAUCGCAUUCUUGAAAUUAUCAUUCAGUAUUUAGGAAACCUUGCUCUAAGAGUACUUCAUCUAGACAAAAAGCUUGUUCUAAGAGUACUUCAUCUAGCCAAAAACCUUGUUAUAAGAGUACUUCAUCUAGCCGAAUCUUAAGGACCUGAAAUUUAUUUUUAUCUUGACCCUGACUUUGUCUCACAUCACGUGAACAGUCCGAGACAGGUGCGAUCAAAGACGUCGCCUGAAAGGUUAUAGACUUUAUUCGCUCCGCGAUAAGGAAAUGGUUGGGGGACUACUGCGCAAAUCUCUGAAUCCUGGGAUUCAUUGAUCAAAGUUACAGAACCAAUCAACAUAUUUAAUUAAUAACCAGCCAGAAACAGAAAGACGGCGGCAAAUGAGCUUGAUUAAAAAAAAAUACUGGAGAGAUCUGAUCGUGUCGUUUUCUUAAAGCGUUAGCAAAGUACCCUAUCACCAUGUCAGAUCUUUGGAAGUGCAAUAAAAGAUCAAUUUACACGUAAGAACGUUAUUGUUAAAUAAAAUCUCAAUAUAAUGUGUUACUCUUUCCUAUUUAUUGCCCAGGCCUUAAACACUUGAUAUAUUUUUACAUUGCCCAUUGGUUGCUAUAUUUGUCUUCUAAGCCGACAUAUUAACACACAUUGAUGUGAAUCCCACGUGAUACAAUACAUGGCUCUAAUGCCCCCGUAUUACUAUACAUAUCCCACAUAUUUAUCACACGUGGCUGUAAGGCCUCAAUUUACUAUAUUCUCACAUAUUACCACUCAUGACCGUGAAGCCAACAUUUUACCAUACGAAGCCUACAUAUUAUCAUAGAUGGCAAUGAAACCCACAUGAUACCAUACAUUCCUAUAAAAAACCACAUGAAACCAUACGUCACUGUUAAAAUCCACAUGUUACCAUAGUUUCUUGUGACCGCCCACAUGUUACCAUACGUAACUGUUGAAAUCCACCUGUUAUUAUACUUUCCUAUGAAGCCAAAAGUUAACAAAAAGGCACAUAAUCCACAGCAAACAUUGCCAACACAAACUGAUCCCGAACGAUGACUGAAAAACCAAAGCCCCUUCCAGUCAGGGCUCUGCCGGUCUGGAAAGUUCCCUCUUAAUUACCCAAACACAAGAAAUCUUGAUGGCUUGACAUUUUCUUUAAUUGCGGUGGUCAAAGGAGGAAAAACCAGGGUCAAAAAUUAAUCGCCCAAUGUUUUGACCGAGGCACCACAUGUUACUUUCUUCCCUAGAUUAAAAAAAAAUAUUUAGUAUAAAUUGGCAAAAGAGUUUUUAAAAAACUGAAUAUAUUUUGUUAUCAGAUGCACUUUCGAAAGACAAAGAGCUUUUUUUUUAAAAAAAAAAAAACUCCAUGUUUUAUGUAUUUUUCUAUCUAGGAUGUGUGAAAAUUUUAAAAAAAAAAUGGCGAAGGAAUAUAAAGAGAAAAAAAAAAAAAAUAAAAAAAAAAAAAAAAAAUAUUUAGUAUAAAUUGGCAAAAGAGUUUUUAAAAAACUGAAUAUAUUUUGUUAUAAAAUGCACUUUAGAAAGACAAAGAGCUUUUUUUUUAAAAAAAAAAAAACUCCAUGUUUUAUGUAUUUUUCUAUCUAGGAUGUGUGAAAAUUUUAAAAAAAAAAUGGCGUAGGAAUAUAAAGAGAAAAAAAAACAAGUUGCAAAGAAACGGACUGGACGCGCUAAUGAAAUAGACUACACAAAUGACAAUGACAACAGAUAGAGCAAAAGAUAGAUAUUAUCGUUUGUUCUGAGUAUAGCAAGGCUAAUUUAUUCUGAGAUUAAGGGAAUAAACAAUAGAGCUAAUGCAAUACGUUAACCGUUUCAUUAGACAGCGCACAAUUAAUAAAGCAGAAAAGUAAUUUUAACGGAAAAUUGUUAAUAAGACUAAAGCCGGGACACAAAGCUUUUGGGACGCCUUUUUAGAUUAUAAGGAAAGAUUUCGGGAAGUGGCAAUAGCGUGAUCGAGAGUACUUCUUUGUGCUUUUUUUUAAAAAAAAAAUGAGAGUUUUAGGAAAUCCCAAUAAUUUUUAUGUCUGGAUAUUUAGUUAUGACACCUUGCGCCAAGGAGCAAGUAUAGGAAACGACUAGUAGCGCUCUAGUUAACACACUAAGGCAUCUUACUCCGUUCAAAUUGUAGUGUUCACUACCAAGACAAAACAACAUAUAAAAUUGAAUCUUCCGAUUGUUUAAACAUUAUCUUGAAAUAGAGCAUGUAAAAAUCUUUAGAGGUUUGACACCAUUUAUAAAAAAUUUAAAAAAAAUAUAUAAAAAAUACAUCGCAUUAAAGCUAAAAUGAGAAUCUUACUUUUUAACUGUUCAUGCAUUCUUAGCAUUGGAUUACAGCUGACAUUAAUCCUUUUUUGUAAGUGGGCCCUGCGUUGUGUGUAACAAUUAUUCUACUCUGUACAAUGUCAUUCCAUGUACACUUUGACGCCAUGUAAGGAAACUAUUAAAUUUAAAUGUUUACAAUCGAAUUCAAUCUUUCGAUGUUAGAAAUUAGAUCAUGUACACAAUUUUUGUAGAGUCUAAUGCCCUUUGUCUACUUUUAUGCGGUCUAUUUAAUUUAUUGUAUUUGAAUUAAGGUUUUGAAUAUGAGACUCGGUGAUUUAAGACUCAUGUUUAAAUUUUAAACCUUACGAAAGAUUAAAUAAGUUAACACAUUUUACAAAAAACAUGAUUACUAUAUUUCUAUUAAACAAAAUAAUGUAGAGAUCACAAUAUAUAUGUGUUUAUUAUUAUUUUUUUUUACAUUUAGCGUUGAGAUUUUAUGGCAGAGCAGAUACAGAUAUGAUGUUUAAGGAAACAGACGCUGGCGAGCUCCACAUGACAGAUUUUGACGUUGUAUGGAGAGACAUGGAUCUGCUUACAUGCGUCAUACGGUGUGUAAGUGAAUUCAAGUCCUGCUACAGUGUUAACUAUAACAUGACGACCAGGCUCUGCAUUCCUGGUGAGUAAUUUAAAGUUAGGCAAAGUAUCUUCAGCUGUGUUUGAAUCGACACAAAGGUGCAAACAUUAAAAAAAACAACAACAAGAAAACAACUCAACAAAUCAUAAUACAUAACAAUUUUGGAAGGGCAGCCAUUUGGCCUAGAAGGCUCGCUUGCAAGCUUUAGUAUUCUUUGCUUAGAAAUAGAACUGAUAAAUGGCAUUUAUAUCAAAGCCUACCAUCAAAUCAAAAUAUAAUUUAAACAUUUUUUUUAAAUUUAAAACAUAAAUAAAUUGCUGCUAAAAAAUUUCAGUCUUAGUGACUUUAAUUUCAAACUCAAAUAUUUGUGUUGUCCUUAGAAACUCAGACCUCUGAGACCUCUGAGACCUCUGAGACCUCUGAGACCUCUGAGACUUCUGAGACCUCUGAGACAUCUGAGACCUCUGAGACUUCUGAGACCUCUGAGACAUCUGACUGAAAAAAAAAUCCUUAUUCCAUGCACUGAUAUAAUUGAUACGAUCAUUCACUACAGGAUCAUGGCUGAUUUCAAAUAACACCAUUCAGUACCAUGCACAAACCCGUGGCGUCAUCUACAGCACCGGGGCCAAGUGUAACGAGACGGAGCAGUUCGUGUAUCAUAGAAAGGCAGAUGUCACCACGUGUUAUUGGAUAUCGGUGAAUCAGUUUAACUAUGAAGAUUCAAGAGAUGACUGCAUAGGUGAGCAACGAUCGUGAACUAUUAAUUAAUAACAUCGCAAUUAUAUUUGCCUGCUGUAAGGUGUUUAGGCCAUGCCUGCCAUUAAGUUUCCUUCGUCUCAUUUUCACCCUCUCAAACAUAGAAGUGCGCCCCAUGUGUUCGUAAGUGCACUCGUUUCAUUUUACAAAUACAACAGUGCGUUUGUGAAUAGACUGAUACGAAUUUUUUUGUACGAUACAACGUUAUGGUAUCUCUCUAUCUAGUUAUCAUCAACGUCGUCAUCACAGAGGCCUCUGGCCUGUUUCCCCACACGAUUCCAACACACCAAUCUGUUUUUGUUUGGCCUUCGCUUCAGCCUCACCUGGUGUAAAUCCACCUCUUCAUCAUUAAUCAAUCUCAGUCUGGGUCAACUGGUACGCCAUCUGUCUUUUAGUUUUUAACAAGAAAAUCUGCACAUACCUUUUAUUCCUCUAUAAUUUGGAAUCAUCGCGAGGAGUUUCCGUCCAGUGCUGUCAGGCAUUUUUAUUUGCCGUACCUAUGGUUGCGUCUUCCUACAAUUAAAACAGUUCUUGAUUUUUUUUCCGAGGUUCCAUGCCUUAUUAUCCUGGAUAAGCCCGUACAUUUUUUAUGAUUGUCCGUUCUCACGAAUUGAGCAGGCUUCCAAAUUUUGGUUUGAUGUUUAUACCCUCCUGCACACACGUCCCUAUUUGCAUUUUAAUAUUGAGAAGUAUAGUUUUAUUUGUUUUCCCUGAGAGGUUUUUGGCUAAUGUUAGCUUUUGUAGACUAAAAUAUGAUGCCUUUGCCUGAUGUUCUUUGUAUCUUCAAGUUCAUUAAUUCUUUCAAAGAAGCUCAUUUAUGUUAGCUCCUAGUUGUUUGAUUGUAUCAACGCUCUCAAAGACGAGUUUUUAUUUUGAUGUUAUUAUGUGUAAGUCUGUUUCGUGACAUUACUUUUUUUACGUAGUCUUUGCUUCAUUUACCUCUAAACCAGUUUUCCCUCAACCUUCCUAAUGCCGCGACCCUUUACUACAGUUGCUCAUGUUGUGGUGACCCCCAAACAUGCAAUUAUUUUCGUUGCUACUUCAUAAAUAUAUGUUUUCUGAUGGUCUUAGGCGACCCAUGAGUAAGGGUAGUUUGACCCCCAAAGGUCUCGUGACCCACAGGUUGAGAACAGCUGCCCCAAACCUUCCUUAAUCACGGCAUUAUCAAGUUAAUCGAAAUAUUUUAUGAUGUUGUCGCUAUUCACUGCCUAGUAGAGAUAUGUUAUCCGCAUUUACCAUGUAGUCUAAUGAUUGGCGAUUUGGUGCUCCUGGUGGUUGUAGUUGUAGUGCUGUAAGGUUUCUUAGUUCGCCGGAAAUAUUUUGUGGUCGUUCCACUUGUGCUUAAAUGGAUGUCUCGCACUUGUGUGGCGUGGCCCAUUUCCCCAUCGGGUGUCACACCAGGUGGGGGGGGGUAACGGAACAUCCGCCAGAUAGAGUGGGUACGGAGUAAAUGGAAUACCCAAGUUGGAAAAAGUCAACAACUGAUGCCUUGCAGACAGUAAAGCAAUUGACAACGGUAACUACACUGAGAGACAUAAAGGACUCGCUCCCCGGAUGUUGUCUGCAGGAUUAUAAUGUUUCUAAAAUGUUAGAGCAAUAAAUUUUUUUUCCAUAGAAGUUACAAGAAACGUGUUCAUUUGGACGCUUAUUUCCUGUCUAUUCCUAUUAAAGACGAGUCAUUUUAUUCUAAUUCUUUUUGUUUUUUUUGGACUAGCUUAGUUGGCAGUAGAUGCGGCCCAUCGAUAAUGACGUUUCUUGUACAUGUUCGAUGGAUUGCCACAUCUGCACACACAUGAAACGUUCUUAAACUCAGUAGACAUAUCGUGCAAUCAUAAUAUUGGCAGACGCUGGAAAACUUCGCAAACUCAAUAGAUACUGAGAUAAUCUCAUAACAUCUGUAGACAGUGGACGAAUUCUUGUAUUCUGUUGAAGAUUUUUUCCUCGGCAGUUCCAUGUCAUUUCUCAUUUCAGGGAAGAACGCUCAUCUCUAUACAAUCAAAUUGAAAGAAAAAUUUGCGAUUCUUAGGGAAAUAUCAACUGGCCAAAUCCACGAUGUUUGGAUCGGAUUAGAUUCAUUACAAAAGAAAGGUGUCCUCAGAUGGGUGGACGACAACUCACGACUGACGGGCAGCCUCAAGCAUGAGAUAUUUCAACAAGGUGAAUUUAGAAAAAAUAAUUUUGUAUUAAAAAUAAUGCGAUAUCUUCAAAAAUAACUGUCCUUAGCGGCAGUUCUAGGUUGGUUGCCAUUUGUAAAAAAUAACUUUACAUAAGUCAAGCGGCUAUUGGCAGACGAACAAUUUUUCCGGCGGAUGUUAGGUAGUUUAAAAUUGUUUAGAGGACGAGGGUGUCAUGAGAUGUCGAGGGUGUCAUGAGACGUCGAGGAUGUCAUGCUGCUGUUUUCUUCUUUUUGUUGUAAGAAUAAAACAAGAUCAGUUUGUUUUAUUUUCAAGAGAACCUGGAAGUUGGCCUAUGCCAUAAUGAACUCCUUUGUAAGAAAAAUUCAUUGAGGUAAUUUUGAACGUGUCAGGGGCUAGGACAUCGAAAAAUGUCAAACUGUCAGCUAGCUGAAUUUAUCGAGAUGAUUCUAUCGCAAUGGCCUACCAACUUAUUUAAAAUGUCCUACUAUUCUAAGCGUUAUGUCCAGCUGACUAUUUCGAUGUGUCCAGCCGAACUUACAGAACUGUCCAGUCAAAUUCGUCAAUGAGUCUAUCAAUCCUUAUUGAAAAGGUUCAGCAAAAUUUAUAAAGAUGUCCAGCUAACUUUUUAUCGAUAUGCCCAGUGCUGUGUCCAUUUUUAUUGGAGCUCAAAAUGUUUAUUUUUAGUCACAUUGGAAAACUUGUUGUAAUCUUGGAACUUAAAAUGUAAUGUGUAUUUACACGUAAAUUCAUAGGAUACCAGACUCAAGGAAAAAAAAAGAAUAAUCCCAGACAAUUCAUUGAAUUUGAACAUGUACAUAAGACUAUAUACGAUGUACACAUGUACCUCUAUUGUGUACACAGUUCUUCGUAACGACCGCAGUACAAUUCGUCGCGCCAGAAUGAAUAUGCUGUCAAAAAGGACAACAGAAUUUUUAAUUGUAUCUUUGACGUAAUUUUAUCAUUGAUAAAUUGACGCCAUGAAAUGUAUAAGGUGUGUUGAAGUUGACCGAUGAGGCUUCGUUGAGCAGCGCUGUAUACUCGAUUUUUGCUUUGUCAAUAUUUUAAUAUCUGAUUCUAUUCCAGAUGAACGAAAUAACUGGACAGUUAGGAAAAACUGUACAACUCUGGCAGUGAGUGGAGACCUGACGAUGAAAGACUGUAAGCAAGCAUACAAUUUUGUGUGUGAAAUGAAUCCUUUCUCCAAAUGACGAUUGGAAAAGCUAACAGCAUCGGUGUGUGACGCAUACAAAGGAUAUAAUUGGUUGGUUAUCUUGACCACUUAGAGGCCAAUGACUUGCAGAAAGUUGCCAGGAAUCCACUUCGCAAGAUGUGGACUCAAUUUCUGCAAAGUUGCCAUUCCACUAACUGAUCUGUUGACAUUCAUUAAAUUAAAGUUUUUCCUCUUUAAAAUUGGACAUUUUCAAAGCUCCAAGCAUGUUAAAACCAAGACUCUGAAACGACCUGAUAUGUUUGGAAAAAAUCUAAUCUGAGUUAUGGCUAAAUUGUAAAGAAAGGUAGAGACCUUUGACCUUCAUACGUUUAUAAAACGUAUCUGUAGUGGCAUAAAAAACAUUGAAAACGAAAAAUUGUCUGGUUUUUCAAUAAAAUCUUUGAGUUAAACAAUAUAAGAAGCUUUUUAUACAUAAAAUUGGGUGAAAUUCAAUGCGGGUUUCGGCACGUUAAACAAUAAUAAAUACCAAUCAUAAAUAAACCAAAUAUAUUUGUGAAAUGAAUCAAGUGCUUGAUCUGACCUAACGUUGAUAGUUCAAUUUUAGUUUCUCUUGAAAAACCAGGUAUUUAUUACAUGUUAUCCAGGAAUAAUUUAAUACAAAUUAGUGGAAUGUUUCUCAACUAAAUUAUUAGGUACUUAAGCUUGCCUGACUUGUAACCCGGUCUUGACUCGGCUUUUGGGAAGCGUUGUAAUACGUUAAGUAUGAACAUUUGUUUAUUACGUUUCUAUAACCUUUAAUGGCAGGAUAAAUAAAUAAAUCCUUAAAUUUAAUAUUUU